GCGACUGGAGCCGAAAGGGCUGACUCCUUACUGGGGACACUAAAUCCCGCGACUGCUUUGAUCGAAUCGGGACAAUUUUCUCUUAAUGGGACGAAGCUGUCACGUUCAAGAUAUCAAGUUUUACAGAUGAAAGGAAAAGAGAUGCUUUGCCUAAGUGACUCCGGUGACUGCCUACGGGAGCAGAUGCAAUAUAUGAUGAGGUCACUGCAAGAUUUAAAACAACCUUGGAAAAGCUGCCCUGCAGCCAGACGCCCCCUUGCUCCCAUCAGCGCGCAACUCCCAGCCUUAGUCCAACACUCGGCACUGGCGCGCGCUUGUCAGCAGCGAGCUAUGCAACGGGAGCAACGCGCACGCCUGCGGAUGUCUGAUGCCAGCACGGCCAGUACCUACGACUCUGCCUGCUGCCUGGCGAGUCCUCUGGAGGAGGAGGACGACUCCAGCAGCCGGUUUGGGUUCAGGCUGAGCACGGCCUCUCCCAGCAGUCACAAGAGUCUGGAGUUUGAUUCAGGCUACUCCGAGGCCUCGUGGCAGGAUGAUGGAGUAUAUCUGAGGAGGACCAGGAAUGUACGGGUGUCAUCUUCAGCCUGCAUGCGCACACAAAGAUUACCAAGCGGACGUAUUCGCCCCAAAUCCACCUCCGACGUUUGUCUGGAGACAUGGACAUCAUUUGAGGCCAGUGACCCAGAGGACUGGACAAACUCUUUAUUGACCAGAGGGCGCAACCGCCAACCUCUGGUUUUAGGUGACAACAGCUUUGCAGAUCUCAUACAGAACUGGAUGGACUUGCCAGAAUGUCCAGAGCCUACCAACCUGAAGCCAACUUCAAGGCCUAGGCUGGGAAAAGCCUUCUUCGUCAAUAUGAGGAGGAAACUAGUUGGACUGUCUAAGAGUGUGGAGGACAAAGUGAGGAUGAGAUCCACUGAAUCUCAGAACAGAACUGACAAUGCUGCAAAACGUCUGUCCUGUCCGGUUGUGGCAGCACAGUCCAAAGUUCCGUUUUUCCACCAGUCGCACGCGUGCAUUAAUGAGCUCGAUGCGGACUUCUACCGCUUUGCAGCUCUCAUGAAGUCAGGCAGCCGGCAGCCUAUUAUCUGCAAAAAUAUUAUCAGCUACAUCUGACAUCCAUUUUCGUGUGGAGCCAUUUACAGACUGAACAAUCCUCAGAGUCACUUUAUUUUUAUAUGACUGUUUCCCAUUUUUAAUAUGCUGAAAAUAAAGAAGUUAUAA